GCUGCACUCCCAUAUCCAUCAUCCUCGACACGAUCUUCUUCACAAUGUGCAUCUUAAUUGAUAUUAUUGAAAUUACUACUGCUCAUGGCGAGUGUCAGGCCAUCUGCCAUGACGUCUAUGACGCCGACGGCUUUGUGGUGGUCUACAGCAUCACGGAUGAGAUCAGUCUGAAGGUGGCUCGCAGAGAGGUGGAGACGAUCAGAUCCAGGGCAAACUCCUACACACCUGUCUUACUGCUAGGAAACAAACUAGACCUGGACCAUGCUAGAAAGGUGUAUUCCGAAGAUGUCGAGAAACUUCGAGAAACUUACGGCUGUCUCCAUUCAGAAGUUUCCGCUGCCGAGUCCCACCUGAUGAUAGUCAACAGUUUCCUGGACCUGGUGAUGGACGCCUUCAGCUCAGUGUGCCACAAUGGCCGCAUGACCAAACGCAGGAAGUCCCUUUUUGAGAACGUCUCCAGAAAACUGGGUAGCGUCUUCAGAAGAAAGAGUUUGGACGACAGUCCUAUGUACAAGAAAAAGCUGCCUCGAAUUUCCUAUCACAAUGUCAACAGGCGAUCUGUGUAA